UUUGGACUGAAAUGUAAAAUUCUAGACCUGGCUGUCAGACAAUGAUAAAUGGAUCAACCAGUCGUGUCCUAAAACUAAGCGUAUGCUGUUUGGAAUAUGGAAGCUGAUGUGAAGUCGAAACUACCUUCAGAGCAUGCCGAUAUUCUCGGAGUUCAGUCUCAAGGGACCAAACAGGCAGCGCUGUUCACAAGCUCUUUCCUCAAGAGGAGUUUGCCUAGCAGAAAGGAUCGCCUGGAUGAGCAGCUGCUUCGGAAGGCUGUCGUGCUAGAGUACAGCAAACCAAAGAAGGCCAAGGUGAAACGGAAAAAGGCUAAAGGGCUCAAUGCUAGAGAAAGAAGAGAGCUGAAAGUUUUCCAGAUCAAACCAGAGCAUCAAAAGUACAGUCUGUUCUUGCCUCUACAUGAGCUGUGGAAGCAGUACAUACGCGAUUUGUGCAAUGGAUUGAAACCAGAAAGCAAUCCUCAGACUAUUCAGCAGAAGUUUCUGAAGGCAGACCUCCAUGGGGCAGUACUAACAGUGGUGCGAUCCAAAUGCCCCUCUUAUGUGGGCUCUAGGGGCAUCCUGGUGCAGGAGAUGAAGCAUGUGUUUAAAAUCAUUACAGAAGAGGAUAAGCUGAAAGUAAUUCCAAAGAGGAACAGCGUGUUCAGUGUGGAAAUUGAUGGCUUUGUCUCUCAUAUCUACGGGAGCAAAUUCGAGCUGCGCUCUAGUGAGCGCUCUGCAAAGAAGUUUAAAGCCAGAGGGACGAUUGACCUAUGAGGAGAGCCUAGCCACAACUCUGGAGGUUCCUUCUGCAGUCCUCUCAUUAGUGGCAUGAUGAGUAAACACUGGUCUGCCGGAGAAUUAAUGACCGGUAGACAUGAAAGGUGCUCGGUAGGUGUGUGUUUUCUUUGUGCUGUUUUUGUUUUCUUUUUUUUUUCUCUUUGAAUAGUAAUAUUUGUGUAACAGCUUUUGUAGAUUCAUAUUCCAUUAACUGAUGUUCUCUUCAGACCUUGGGGUGCCGUCUUCCCUAGACAGGCGAGUUCUGUGUCUUUUGUGUAUUAUGGGCUCACUAUCAUUUUUGUCCACAAGGGGGAGCUCGAUGCACUUUUUUUUAUUUUACCUUCUAGUUUUUUUUCAUGGAUAUAGCUUUUUAUUUGAUUUUUAGAUGUUCCAUUUAUUCCAAUAAAAUUGUAUUUUUAAAAAGGAAAAGAAGUCUUUAAAUCAAAUUGAAUAUUUUUCGCCAAAAUCACCCUUUGGGAUAUACAUGACUUGUGUUACCAGACUAUAUUUGGAAUCCCUCAAUAUUGCUAAAUACAAUGUACGCUAAAUUGAGAUUUUCAGUGACUUGUCUCCUGUCCCAUAAACAACAACUAAACAGCAGCAUUACCAGUUCUAGUAAGCUCCAGUAGAGUUAAUAUCAACGUGGAGCUACGGCACAUAUGUAAUCUUUCUGUUUAAAUCACAAUCUGUACAGUAGUCAUUCAAGCUGUUAAUCAAAUGUGUUUAUCACAUAUGUGUUUGUAGGUCAGAGAUUUUAGAACAAAAGCUAAACAUCUUAACCCAGUGACCUUAACAGUGACACAGAAUCACAGAGAAACUGUGACUGUUAACAAUGAAACUUGUGUUUUGUUUGGCACACAUUACCAAACUGACACCUUGCCACACCCUGUUGAUCACUGCUGGAAAGCACUUCUCAGCAUUCCCAUUGGAGGGUGGUUUUGAUUGUUGGCGUCAUGGAUACUCUGGAAGUAUCCAUGACGAAAAUCUUUUAACUUCAACGCAGUUAUCAUCAGUUGUUAAGGAAAACUUAAACUUUACAUAAAGCCAUGGAAAUAUGUAGGUGAUGGUCAAAAUUACUGGUCAUUAAAUGCUGUCAGGACCUACAAAUGUAUUCAGCUUUUGGAUAUCUAUUUUUUUGGUGUAAAUU